AUGUCGAGGGCAUCGGUUCCACGAUGCAUUAUAAUAAAGACUGGUUUGUUUGUUGUUAUGAAUUAUUCAGUAUUACUUCAAAAUAAGAUCAAGUCAGCAUGUGUCUCUCUCUAUCGAUUUAACUAUUUCAAUCAGAGGUUGUCUCACGGCAACAAGCAUGUCGUAGGAAAGACAAUUUCAGUUGUUGAUCAUAAUGGUAGGGCGGAAGGUGGAACGAAGGAUGCUAAGAAAGGCCGAGAGCCCAAAAAUCAAGUUCAUCAAGAAGCAAUUCUUGUCGAAACCAUUCGCAAAGAGAUGGCCAACCAGAAACUCUUCACUAACUAUUCAGUUAAUCCAUUCAAAAAAUCUGAAGCAUUAACACCAAAGCCAAAUGUUUAUCCAGAUGAAGGUGCUGGUGAAGAUUCUUCAUUUAUUGAUAUUAUACAUCGAGCAAAUCUCGAACCAGAGAAAAAGUAUCGAGAACCGCAAACAACAAGUCAAGAGAUUGGAUGGUUUCAUGAACCAUUAUUAAAAUCGAACCGUGCCGAUCCUCGACUCAACUUUCCCAUGAUUCGUUCGGAAAUCUCAGCUUAUGCUGAAGAAUAUUUCAAAUUUAAACCGAAAAAAUACGACAAAAGUCUUCGACAACCUGGAGAAGAACCCAAAGCGAAAUGA